AUGGAUACCACAGGCUCAGCACAGCGAGACUGGCCCAAUCAACGGAACAAGAUUCUCAUACCGGCUUGGAUCCUUUCGAUGCUCAGUACAGGUUUCCUUGUAUGGAGAGUUGUAUAUGGGCGUAUGCAUGGCCGUAAGUUCAUGAUAUGCGAUCACCUGUUGAUCUUCGCUACGCUUCUUAACAUCGCAGCGACUAUUCUCAACCAUAUCGUCGUCGAUGCUGGCUUAGGAAGACACAUUCUGGACCCAUCUGUUGAUAUUCUGCGUUACUCUUACUUCCUCUGGAUCGUCCAAAUCGUCAACAUUGUUGGUGUCGCAGUGCUCAAGUGGUCCAUCUGCGCAUGGCUACUGGUGCUCAAAUUCUCCAGGAUAUAUCAGGCCAUCGUCUGGUUCUCUAUCGCGCUCGUCACCGCUUUCAACUUUCUUGCGCCGGUGCUGACGCUAUUUGGAUGUACACCAUUGGAAGCCAAUUGGAACUAUGGGUAUCCAGAUAGGAAGUGCUGGGCCAGAGGAACACUGUGGCUUUCAUACACUCAGGGCAUCUGCAAUAUUCUAACCGAUGUAAUCUACAUGGCCGCGCCACUCAUCUACUUGUCACAAGUCCAGCUGUCACGUAAGACACAAUGGGGCAUCCGCAGUGUCUUCUUGCUAAGUAUCCCUGCCACGAUCUGCUCCAUCUUUAAGACAGUUGAGUUGAAGACGCUCACAAAGACUAUGGAUCCAACUUGGAGUGGCGUCAAUCUUGCAAUCUGGAGUCAGAGCGAGCUCUCUCUUGGUAUUCUCAUCGCAUCCCUUCCACCAUUACGCAAAGCUUUCGACAGCCUCUUCCAGAAGUUCCUUCCCUCCACCCUCAACCCUUCGAAGACACCAAACUCCCACUAUGGAUACGGCCGCUCGACAAACGGCAACCACAUCAGACUCGACACAUACGAGCAAAACAAGCGCUCUGCACACAAGAGUGGUCACCCUGGAGAGUCAGCGCUGGAUAGCGACUCCGAAAGUGAACGCGCCAUCUUGGAAGACGGGGAGGGCAAAAGCUCGGGCAUAACGAAGACCACGAGAGUUUGCGUUCGCGAAGAAGACGGGGGGCCAAGCCAGCAAAUAUCCCAGGAGUCGCUACAGAAGCAGAAUCACGAUUAUGAUAUCGAGAGCGGGAUUGCGCAUGCUAGGUCACGGUAG